GUGCGAAGCAUUCGGCGAGGCAGAAUCGUCUGACCAAGCAGCCGAGAAACGAUGGUUGGAAGAAAGAUUGGCGCCGUAUCGACGGCUAUCAUGUCGGCUGUCGCUGCCUCUUCGAUCUCGAGAUACAGCGUCAGUGGACAUGCAGCGGAUCCGAUCGUGCAUCUCGACAACGGGCUUUCUGUGCAGGGCCGCCUGGCUCCAGCAGCAUCGACCGUUGCAGAGUUUCUCGGAAUUCCUUAUGCGCAACCGCCUGUCAACAACCUACGUUGGGCGCCUCCACAGCAAUAUGAGGUCGCUUCCAACAAGUCGAUCGUCAACGCGACAGCCCUGCCACCGUCCUGCUGGCAAUACAUAUCAGUUCACCCAGGCAUCCUCCGGACCGACGCGCCAGAGUAUAUGAUUGGUAAAGCUGGAAUGGCAGAGGACUGCUUGACGAUGAGCAUUUGGGCGCCGACAAAGGCGCUAGAGGCUCAAGAGUCCCAAGAAACUUUGCCCGUUUUAAUCUGGUUCUAUGGUGGAGGUUUCGCUACUGGCGGUAUCGAUGUCCCUUAUCAAAUUCCUGUGGAUUGGAUUCAGAGAUCGCAAUCUCAUAUUGUCGUCUCUUUCAACUACCGCCUAAACAUAUUUGGAUUCCCAACCGCCGCUGGCCUGUCAGAGCAGAACUUUGGUCUGAUGGAUCAAAGAUUCGCAGUUGAGUGGCUACAAGAGAAUAUUGCCAAGUUCGGCGGCGACCCUGAACGCAUGGUCAUCUGGGGCCAGUCUGCGGGAUCAACCGCUGUGGAUAUGUAUAACUUCGCUUAUUCUGAAGAGCCCAUCGUGAAAGGCCUGAUCAUGGAUUCUGGCACGGCUCAUCUUGACAUCCUCAUCAACCGUGAAAAGACCGAUUUCUCCAGCUUCAGCAUUGCGGCAUCUUAUUUUGGCUGUGGCAACCAGACUACCCCAGGAGCGGAGCUGGAGUGCAUGCGCAAGGUUCCUGCUUCGGAGCUCGAAAACUUUGUCGCAACUUAUGAGGACUCGGGAGCGUCCCCUUCCAUCAACUUCAUCCCGGUGGUAGACGAGAAGCUUGUCUUCAAUAACUAUACACAGAAAGCUGCAGAUGGCGAGAUGUCUAGCCUGCCUGCCAUCAUUGGAUUCAAUGAGAAUGAAGGCCUGUUCUUGACAGAAUACAAUGCCACUUAUCCAGAUUUUGAUACUGCCUUGGAGUACUCAUAUAAAUACUUCUGGUGCCCAGCAACUUUGACUACAUACGAGCGCCUUGAAAACAAUCGGGUCACCCACCGAUACUACUACACGGGGAAUUUCACCAACAUUAGUCCUCGGCCUUGGAUGGGGGCAUAUCAUGAGGCAGAGCUACCCAUGUUGUUUGGCACGCACAUGAACUUCCGCGGCAACUCCACCCCUUUCGAGUAUGCCGUCAGCCACACUUUGCAGGAUGCGUACCUGGCAUUCGUCACAGACCCUGUUGAUGGUCUGGAUUCGAUAGGCUGGCCCGCCUACGCAGGACCUGGUGGCAGUGUAAUGCAGUGGGCAGACAUGUCCAACCUGACCUUAGCACACUUGACUACUGUCGCAGAGAUCGAGAAAGGCUGCGCGAGCAAGGGCCUGCUAAACUCGCUCGCGCAAGGUCCCUAGGCCAGGCUGCCUGUUGAGGUGUAAAUACGCAUACAGUGACUACUUUAAUCAGCUGGUAUUCUUGCG